GGGUGCACUUGACGGUGACAGUAAGGCAGGAGCGGGAAUAGCCGGAGAGCUGAGGCAGGUAAAAGUGUGUAUGUGUGUGUGUGUGCGUGUUUGUAUGAUGAGACAGAAAGGGGUAACGGCGUGAGAAGAGAGGGAGAGAGGUGAAAGGAGGACAAAGCAGACGAGUGAGAGUUGGAAAAACAGAAGAGAUAACAAAAGGAGGAAAGGAUGUCGGAGCGGGUAGCUUCGUGUGGGAGCCUGUAUGACAGCACCAACCUGCUGCUACAGUACUGCAACAACGAUGACACUGUGUCGGCGAGCAGCAACAUGGACAUGGAGGACCGGGUGUCUCACCUGGAGCAGAGGCUGCAGUUACAAGAGGACGAGAUCCAGCUGCUUAAGGCGGCUCUGGCUGAUGCCCUGCGCCGGCUCGGCUAUUGCGAGGAGCAGAGCCAAGGGAAGCAACUAGUAGGCGUUCAUGCUGGGAGGAGAUCUCUGGCCACUACAGCUGCAGCACCACCUACCAAGGUGCGACAGCUCCUGCAGGCUCUUCCCUCCCGACCUCUGAGUAACGGCUACAUUCAACAGAAACGUCUCCUUUCUUCGCCUUCAUCUCCAAAGAAAGAGGUGCUACAGUCUAUAAAGAGAAAGAGUAUGUCCACAGAGCGUCUCACCCUGGUGAGGAGAGAGAUGGGGGCGGAGAGUCGGAGUCGAACAACAUCCUCCAGCAGCUCCUCUGGUGGCAAAAGUGUAUCCAGGCCUGUUACCUACUAUUCCCAGGACGGCUACGUGAGGAUGUUCCUCCGCGGCCGUCCCGUCACCAUGCACGUCCCAGACCAGCAGAAGGGGACUUACAGCCUUGACCAGAAGGUGGCGCUGCCUGACCAUAAACUCAAACUGCAGUGGGUUUAUGGCUACCGUGGUCGUGACUGCCGCUCCAACCUGUACCUGCUUCCCACGGGAGAGAUUGUCUACUUCAAUGCUUCAGUGGUGGUGCUGUACAACACAGAGGAGCAGCAGCAGAGACACUACCUGGGCCACAACGAUGAUGUCAAAUGCCUGAGUGUGCAUCCUGACAUGGUUACCAUAGCAACAGGACAAGUGGCUGGAAACUCUAAAGAUGGAAAGCUGCUGGCUCCCCAUGUUCGCGUCUGGGAUUCUGUGAGCCUCAACACGCUCCAUGUGCUUGGAAUGGGAGUGUUCGAUAGAGCGGUCACCUGUGUGGCUUUCUCAAAGUCGAAUGGCGGCACCUUCCUUUGCGCUGUGGAUGAUGCCAACGAUCACAUCUUGUCAGUCUGGAACUGGCAGAAGGAGAAGCAGCUGGCUGAAGUCAAGUGCUCCAAUGACUCUGUGCUGGCCGCUGUGUUUCAUCCCAUGGACACCAACCUGAUUGUUACCUGUGGAAAAUCUCACAUCAACUUCUGGACCAUGGAGGGGAACACUCUCACCAAGAGACAGGGCCUGUUUGAGAAACACGAGAAACCAAAGUAUGUGUUGUGUGUGGCAUUCGCUGAGAAUGGAGACGCCAUCACAGGAGACUCCAGUGGGAACCUCUACAUCUGGGCCAAAGGUGGUACCCGCAUCAGCCAGGUGGUGUCAGGGGCGCACGAAGGCGGCAUUUUCUCAGUGUGUGUUCUCAAGGACGGCACCAUGGUGUCUGGAGGGGGGAAAGACCGCAAGGUGGUGCUGUGGGACCACGAUUACAGAAAAAAGGCAACGAUGGAGGUGGGAGAGUCCUUCGGUCCUGUUCGGGCUCUGGCUGACGGUAAACCCGGAGAACUCUUUGUUGGAACCACCAAGAAUGCAAUCAUCAGAGCUGCCUUCCCUGAUACAUUAACGCCUAUUGUGCAGGGUCACACCGAUGAGCUGUGGGGUCUGGACAUCCAUCCCACCAUGGAGCAGUUUGUUACCUGCUCACAGGACAAACAAGUUCACCUCUGGGAUGCCCACUCCCACCAGCCCCUGUGGAGCAAGACCAUCGAGGAUCCAGGGAGGUCUGCAGGCUUCCAUCCCAGCGGGGCUGUUCUGGCUGUGGGGACCAUGACUGGAAAGUGGUUGGUGCUGGACACUGACACCCGGGAUCUUGUUUCUAUGCACACAGAUGGCAAUGAGAUCAUUUCCAAUGUCAAGUACUCUCCGGACGGCAACUUCCUGGCUGUGGCUUCCCAUGAUAACUUUGUUUACAUCUAUGCUGUAACUGAAAACGGCCGAAAGUACAGCCGUGUGGGGAAAUGCACUGCUCCGAGUCAAGAAUACGGUGGCCAUAGCAGUCACGUGACCAACGUUGCCUUCCUGCACGAUGACAGUCACCUGAUCUCCACUGGUGGGAAGGACACCAGCAUCCUGCAGUGGGUGGUUGCCUAGGCAAAGUUAUACACCUGCAUCUCUGACUUCCACUGGAAUCCCGUCUGACCCUCGUCACAUCUUCUUCACCUCAUCUUUAUCCUCGGGCUACCACGGGGCAGCACCUCCUCUGUGCCUACUGGAGUUUAAUAAAGUAAAGAAAAGAAAAAAUGCACCACCGUAACUUGAGAAACCCAGAGAUGUGACACCAAAUGAGUAUCACUGGAAUAGUUUAAAGUGUACUGCUGUUUCUUAUAGACUGUAGACAAAUUACUUGUUGUAAUGGAGGAAAUAUUAACUUUUACCAUUUAAAAAAAAAAAAAAUCAACUACUGCAAAUCCACCUCAUCUGACGACACAAUAAAUCUGCAAUUUUCCAUUAAUACUAACUGGGCCUGAACUCUUUCAACCCUUUAAAGGGAAGUACAUCUGUUCUAAAUUACAAGCCUGUCAGCAAGGUUAGGAUCAUGUAUACUGCAGUUUGUUAACCAUUUUAAAUGCAUGCAACACAAUGAGGGUGAAAGAUGUAAUAAGAUUUUAGGGUUUAACAUGAUGGUAUUUUUCAGACGUUGGUUUCCAUAAAGUGUAUGUUUCUUGAAACUUGUUUGGGGUAUAUAAACUAACACAAUACAAAAAUAAAGGAGGCGUGACAAGUUGAACUGAGGUACUUGGAUAAAGUUUUUCAUAUCAAAUUUAAACCAAAUUUAUUUAGUGCUGUAAAAUAGCCAUGAUUUGUAAUAACGGAAUUAAAACAUGAACCUUU